GAGCGCACAGACGCGCCGCCACAGAAGAGGAUCUUUGCCCCUCAACCGGGCUCCGAAACACCGGAUAAACUGCGCGAGCGAGGAGUCUGCAGGGGUGAGUCGAGGACAAGGACUAGAUCUGCAUCUGCCCCAUCUGUCCAUCAACGGACCAAGUGGCCUCGGUGCCGGGCCGCCACUCGGGUCACCUCGGGCGCGACGGGCGCCAAACAAUAAAAGAUCUUGACCCCAGGCGUCCCUCGGGCUACCUGCGCAAAGCAAAUAUUUGAGGCCACGAUAUCUAAUUUCUCCAGGCUGCCGUCACUGGAACAGUGAAGGGUGUCGUUGGGAAAGAGAAGGAGAAAAGAAGAAAAAGUGCGUGGGGGGUGGGGGGGUGGAAGUAACUUUUUCAAAGUGCACCCUUGCCUGCUAUUUCUGCUGCGGUGUGGGCAGGGAGCGUCCCGUUUGGGAGGGCUCGAAGGCUGACAGAAAAAGGACUUCCCUGUGCCCUGCCCGCCCAUCCACAUGCCUGUGUAAAUACUGGAUAGAGAUAUCAAUUUGUCUGAGCUCAGCAAGCAGACUGUAAGCUAAGAGGUUACAACAAACGUGGACUUGGUGGUCCCCUGAAUUUCCACCCAUCUAAUACUUGAGAACUUUUUUGAACCCUGGAAAGAAGUUUCAACCCUUGAAAACCUUUUGCAAACUGCCAACAACUGCUUUCCGGGGGGGGGUGGGGGGGCUGCAGUUUUGAUGUCUUUCCCAGCUCAAUAAACCAACAUGAAGCCCCUGACGCCAGCUGGGUCCCCGUCUCCUCUGAGGCUCCUCAACAAGGGUCCGGACUACCUGCGCAGACAGAUAGACGGCGGGGGCCACGGCCGCUCAAUCAGCGCCGUGGAGAGGCUCGAGGCGGACAAAGCCAAAUAUGUCAAGAGCCAGCAGGUGAUCAACGCCAAGCAGGAGCCCGCGCUGGUGCCAUGCGCCACCCCUCCGCCGCAGCGAGCCGCAUCCGUCCCCGGGAGCCCGGCGCCUCGCCUCGCCCCGCGGCGCUCGUCCAACGCCGCCUUCUCCACGCUCUCCGGCUCGUUCGCCUCGAGGGACGAGAAUGAAAACUACGACUCGAGGAAAGAGAACAGACGGACGUCCGUGGACGUCGAGGCGCACAACAGGAGCAAUGCGAGCAACGUGCUGCGCCCCGACCCCAGGACGCCCGGCAACAACUCUUUGGUGGCGCCGCACAGCGCCCCCGUCCUCAGGAGAAGCACGGGGAAGCGCAUGCUGAGGCCCGACUCCCUCCUGAUCUACCGACAGAAGAAAGAGUGCAAGAGUCCCAACGGCGCCGCGGCGGGAGAGAACAACAACGCGGAAGUGAGGGGCUACAGUUUUGUCCGCCGCCUCUUCCAGGGCUCCACGAGGGAGAAGGGAAGCGGAGGCGAGGGCAGAAUCCAGAAGAUGGUGAUCGGGGAGGAGAGAGCGCCAUUGCGGGAUGGAGACUCCCGAAUGUCUUGGACGAACGAGAAAGACGCCGCGGACGGCGGACCGGGAAGCAGGAGGUCGAGCAAAACCGAUCACGAGCGCAGCCCGGGGUCCGCCCCCAGCCCCGGGUUCGGCUCCACGCCGGAACGGACCGAGAACGGAAGCAACGGCGAGGGAAUCUCCGGUGGCGGACGCUCGUUUCACCGCGACGACGAAAACGACCCGUGGAGGCGGGCUUCCCCCCCACCGGCACCCAGGCGGAGCCCCGGGGCGCUGCGGCGCUCCAAGUCGGACCUGCGCCUGCGCUGCUCGGCGGCGUUAUCGGAGCAGGAGCUCUUCUUCGCCUUCUGCGGCCUGGACGUGGACAUGGUGGAUCGCCUGGGUCGAACGAACUUCCUCUCGGGGGCCAGCUCCAUGGGCACGCUCUCGCUGGCCCUGCGCAGCGUGGACGGGGACGACCGCUCGGAGCCCAGCGAGUUCUCGCAGCACUCGGGAGACGGGCUGUUCCAGGAGGAGCUGGCCGAGCAGCCGCCCGCCGGCGUGUCGAUCAUCGAGAGGAACGCCCGCGUCAUCAAGUGGCUGUACGGGUGCAGGAACGCCGCCCGAGAGGGACCCAAAGAGUCGACCGUUUGACCGCGGGACGAGGAACCGUGUGCCGUGGAGUGCAGGGUCAGGGUUAGGGUUCGAGAGCGCCCUCUCGACCAAAACAAGCGGAUGUUACCUGAUAAAGACCUUUACUCUUCGUGUGGAACUCUUCCGUUGAGGUGCACUUUGGACAAAAGGCUCAAGAAUUGAAUCUUCAUUGAAUAUCCCUAGAAUUUCAAAAGCACCACUAUGGGCUGUGAUUCCCAAGGAAGUUGGGGGUUUUUCCACGCAGUGACAUAUGAUAUUUCUUUAUAUUUCACUGUCAGCUUCAGACACUCCUCUCUGCACGUAGGGUUGGCACUUCACGGCACAUGACUCCCUCUUGUCUCCAGCGCGCCCAAACUCCAAAGAGACCGUUACUUUGAACGGCAGGACAACAGCUUCUAGGUUAUGUUGUAUUUAUAGAUGUAUUGUUCGGGUAUAUAGACCGGCCCUACUGGUGAAUGGAACCAAACCCCCCACCCCAAUGUUUUAUUGUGUGUGUGAGUGUGUGCGUGCGUGCGUAUAGUAGACGUUGUUGUCCUCUUCAAUUUGUUGCUCCUUUUCAGUUAUUGACCGAAUCUGAUCUGAAACCAGUCAAGUGACCACCUACGAGGCACAUAAGUGUAUGUUCGUCAUGACACAGUGGACACAGUUAGUGGACCAACACUUGACUAAAUUAAAAUGGAAAACCACUAAGAUAUGUUUUUUUUUUUUCUGAACUGGAAAACUGUGGCGUGAGUGUGGAGUGAACCGUGAGUACCUCAUUCGGAUCUGUCCCAGUUUUGUGUUGCCAUUUUCUUGUUGUUGUUACUCCUUUAACGCAGGCGUUGGAAUAAACAUUAGGCGCCCCUGUGGGGCUGUUAAUGCACUGAGCUGGACAGAGAGAGGGGGGAGUGAACGAUGUUAAAACACUGAGCUGGAUUCAAAGACGAGCAGCCACGCCGGGCCAGUCAGUUUUCUUUUUUUCAUUGAUUCUCACAGAGAGUAUAUCCAAUAAUCCCUCGUGACACAAGCAUUGAUUACCACGGCUAUUGCUUCACAUAUGUUCAGUGCAAAGAACGAGCACAGGGGGACAACUUAAAAGUCACAAAACAAGCAUGAUACGUUUACCUCCAACAGGUGAAGGUUGAUCAACCGUCUGAAGGUUUUCAGGAUGUCACUCGACCGUCUUUCAGAUCCAUCGCAGGCCGUCUCCGAUCAAAAGGAGCCUUCUUUCCCCGAUAGCCACAGAUCCUACCUCACUUCAUCCUUCAGCGAUUCUCACUUUGUCUCCAUGAAAGGAUGCCAGGGAAAUAUGAACAGGGGGCGUGCAGAGGUAUGCAGAGGUUAGACUGAGAGGUAUUCUGGGGGGGACAAUUUCUGUGUAUGUACGUGUGAUCAAUUACCACAAUUAAAAUACUUGCAUCUUUAAUGUGAUUUAUGUUCUGUAUUCGUCAUCAGCAUGGCACACUCCUGAGAUCCCUUCAACCUGAAUUUUUCUUUUUUUGUUCUCUUAUUAUUUAAAAUCAUUUGGUUGCAUGUUUACAAAGUGGCUCUGUGAAAUUCUGAAUCUCUUUAUUUUAUUUGAUACAUAUGAGAGAUUUAGUUUUAGUAUUCCAAAGAGUUUUGUGUAUAAUGUACACAGCAAAUAAACACAAAUAAUGAAGUAAAAGUCUGCAGGUAAUAUCUUUGUUGUCUUUCUUGCGUUUUUUGAGAGAUCUGCGUAGGAAUUUGGCACAUUGCUAAAUACAAAAAGCAGAAAGGAAAAGCAGCGAGUGUUGCUCUUUAAUCUUCUCGGGAGUAAUGGUGGGCUGAGUCAGUGUUGUGACGCUCGUCUGGUCCUUGACUCCUCGUGGCCUCCCUCCACCACCUCGCGUCUCAUUUUUCACAUUAUCUCAAGUGGCUACGCGCUAAUCCUUUUAGCAUUCCCCGAACGGUUUGCUCCUGAGUGAGAGCUGCAACAGGUUGUGCUUGCAGACAAGAAGGCCUCUG